ACGAGCGCUACUUAUAUUUUAUCGGACCCUUUGUUUUUUUUUUUCCUAAUUCAAUGAUUUAUUAAUUUAAAAUCGUAUUAUGUUUUUAUUAGUUCAUCAAUUAAAGAUUUUGAAUUCAAAAUAAUAUAUAUAUAUAUAUAUAUAUUUUGACGAAAUUCAAAAUAGUAUUUAUGUUUUUAUUCGUUUAUAAAUUAAAGAUUAUUUUUAUUGGGGUAAUAAUUUUUUAUUUUUUAACUACGUAUUCUUGACAGAUUUGCAAUGAGAUUGAGAUUUACCGGAAGGAAGAGCGUAAAAAAGUUGAGUGUAAAUGGGGUCAAAAUCAGUUGGGGUGAAUUUCGCUAUUGAAUUUCAAGCACUUGGAAAGCCCGAACUUUUUUUUAUUUUAUUUUGGCGCCAAUUCUUUACUUUGCUAUAUAUAUUUGUUUUUCACUCUAGCGCCAGUCUCCUGUGAAGCUCCAUUUCCCUCAUUCCAAAAAAUGCAGCGCCAAAAAUCCAUCCUCUCCUUCUUUCAGAAACCCUCGCAGGAGAACCAAAACUCCGGCACCCGGCGAGUUCCUCAGUUUCCGGUCACACAACGGAACGUUUCCGGUUCGGAUCAGCCUAAGGCAACAGACCCGGUUGUGGAAAUCAGAGGAACCGACACUCCACCGGAGAAGGUUCCACGUCAGAUUUUUCCGGCGAGCUUCGUAGCCAAUGACGACAGCAGUGGCUCUUCGUUGUUCUCGAGCAUCAUGCAUAAAUUUGUGAAGGCCGAUGAUAGAGAAAGGGCUUCUGACAGGAACCAGUCAAAUUGUGGUUCAUCUGAACUUCAUGUGGUAUCUGAGAAAAUUAAUGAGCCUGAAGGAUCACCUAAAAUAGGAGUUGCUGCUCAACAAGGGGGAGAGGACAAUAUUGUCAAAUCCACUGGAAAAGUUUAUCAAAGUUGUGUCUUAAAUAUUGAAAGUGAUGAUAAUAUUCCGGGACCAGAAACACCGGGAAUGCAACCUCUUGUGCCUCGUUUGAAACGGAUUCAAGAGGGUGGUCCAAAGUCUGAGGAUAAUUGUGAUAGAGCAUUGCUGGGUUCUAGCAAAAGAAUGAAAAUGUUUGAGGAUUCAAUGCUCUUGAACAAGAAUGACAAGGAUGUAUCUGAUACAGCCAGUAAGUUUGACUGGCUUGAUCCAUCUCAAAUCAGGGAUGCUAAUAAGAGAAGGCCUGAUGAUCCACUCUAUGACAAGACAACACUUUAUGUACCGCCUAAUGCUUUUACGAAAAUGUCGGCAUCCCAGAAACAAUAUUGGAGUACCAAAUGUCAAUAUAUGGAUGUUCUGCUUUUCUUUAAAGUGGGAAAGUUCUAUGAGCUUUAUGAAUUAGAUGCUGAAAUAGGCCAUAAGGAACUUGAUUGGAAAAUAACAUUAAGUGGGGUAGGAAAAUGUCGACAGGUUGGUAUUUCUGAAAGUGGGAUUGAUGAUGCUGUUCAAAAGCUGGUUGCACGUGGAUAUAAAGUUGGCCGAAUAGAGCAGUUGGAAACAUCUGAUAAAGCCAAAGCUAGAGGUGCAAAUUCUGUAAUUUCAAGAAAACUCGUUGAAGUAGUAUCACCAUCAACUGCAACUGAUUACCAUAUAGGACCUGAUGCUGUUCAUCUUCUUGCAAUAAAAGAGGUUGGGAUGGAUAAUGGACAAACUGUAUAUGGGUUUGCGUUUGUUGAUUGUGCUGCUUUGAAGUUUUGGGUUGGCUCCAUCAAUGAUGAUGCUUCAUGUGCUGCUUUGGGAGCUUUAUUGCUACAAGUGUCACCUAAAGAACUCAUAUAUGAAAGUAGAGGAUUGUCCAAAGAAGUUCAGAAGGCACUGAGAAAGUACUCAUUAACAGGACCGUCAGCACUGCAAUUGACUCCAAUGCAGCCAAUUUUUGCAGAUGCUUCUGAAGUUAGAAAUUUGGUUCAUUCGAAGGGAUACUUCAAAGGGUCUUUGAAUUUGCAGAAUCAUGCGCUUAAAAGUGUGAUUCAUCCUGAUGUCACCUUAUCAGCUCUUGGUGGACUUAUUAAUCAUCUUUCCAGGUUGAUGUUAGAUGAUGUUUUACGAAAUGGAGAUCUAUUACCAUACCAAGUAUAUAGGGGUUGCCUCAAAAUGGAUGGGCAAACACUGGUGAAUCUUGAGAUUUUCAGUAAUAAUGCAGAUGGUGGUCCAGCAGGUACAUUAUAUAAAUAUCUUGAUAACUGUGUGACAUCAUCUGGUAAGCGGCUAUUAAGGACAUGGAUCUGCCAUCCGUUGAUGGAUGUUGAAGGCAUUAAUAAUAGGCUUAACGUUGUUGAAGAUAUGUUGGCUCAUCCAGAAAUUAUGUUACUUGUUGGUCAAUAUCUUCGCAAGAUUCCAGACUUAGAAAGGUUGCUUGGACGAAUUAGGGCUAGUUUUCAGUCAUCAGCUGCUUUAUUACUGCCCUUGUUAGGCAAAAAAGUACUGAAACAGAGAGUGAAAGCAUUUGGAACUCUAGUAAAAGGCCUCCGGGUUGGAAUGGAUUUGUUACUGCUACUACAGACUGAAGAACACUUAUCUACACCUUUAUUAAAAGUAUUUAAACUUCCAUUGUUCAGUGGAAGUGAUGGGCUUGAUAAAUUUCUCACUCAAUUUGAAGCUGCUAUAGAUAGUGACUUCCCAAACUACAAGAAUCAUGAUGUAACAGAUAAGGAUGCUGAAAUAAUCUCAAUUCUGAUUGAGCUCUUCAUUGAGAAAGCAACUGAAUGGUCCGAAAUUAUUCAUGCCAUCAACUGUGUUGAUGUACUAAGAUCUUUCACAGUUACCGCAAGUUCUUCAUGUGGUGCUGCUAUGUCCAGACCUUUCAUUUUGCCCCUAUUGAAAAAUGUGGUUUUGAGUCAAGAAACAAGAGGUCCCAUAUUAAAAGCUAAAGGGCUGUGGCAUCCAUUUGCCCUCGGUGAGAAUGGAAUGCCUGUACCAAAUGAUAUAAUCCUUGGUGAGGAUACAAGUGGUUAUCAUCCACGCACUUUACUGUUGACUGGACCAAAUAUGGGUGGUAAAUCAACACUUCUGCGUACUGCUUGUCUUGCUGUUAUACUGGCCCAGCUAGGUUGUUAUGUGCCUUGUGAAAUGUGUGUUAUCUCACUUGUGGAUACCAUCUUCACCCGACUUGGUGCCACCGAUAGAAUCAUGGCAGGCGAGAGUACCUUUUUUGUUGAGUGCACGGAAACAGCAUCUGUUCUUCAGAAUGCCACUCAAGAUUCUUUGGUUAUACUUGAUGAAUUGGGUCGAGGAACAAGCACUUUUGAUGGUUAUGCUAUUGCAUAUGCUGUAUUUCGUCAUCUGAUUGAAAAGGUUAACUGCCGCUUACUCUUUGCAACGCACUACCAUCCUCUCACGAAGGAAUUUGCUUCUCAUCCACAUGUUAAUCUACAACAUAUGGCCUGCACUUUUAGGUCAAAAUCCGAAUGCUCUUCUGAAAGCAAGGAGUUGGUGUUUCUGUAUCGUCUUGCAUCUGGAGCAUGUCCAGAGAGCUAUGGAUUGCAAGUGGCAGUCAUGGCUGGAAUCCCAGAGCAGGUGAUUAGAACUGCUUCUAAGGCCGGCCAAGUUAUCAGAAAGUCAAUUGGAGAAAGUUUUAGGGUGAGUGAACGGAGAUCAGAGUUCUCAACUCUCCACGAGGAAUGGUUGACGAACCUGAUGGCUGUCUCUCGGAUUGAAGAUGGUAAAUUUGAUGAAGAUGAUGUUUUAGACACAUUGUUUUGCUUGUGGCACGAGUUGAAGAACUCGUAUAGAUUGGGCAACUAAAGAGGAGCACAAAAGAUUAUUGCAGAUUGUAAAUCUAAAAUCAUCUGGUAUUUUUUAGUUAUGACGUGUAAUUUUUUCAUGUGAAAUUGGAAGGCAGCUCAACA